CUCCUCACUGUUCUCUCAAACGGCAGGAACGAUAUUACGAUUGAGGUGGUUAUGAUAGGAUAUAUUCUUAAACUUUUCAUGAAUGGCUUUGACUUUGGGAUGCGGACAUUGCUAACAAUUCAAACUGCUUGCUAAUCUGGAAAUUCAUCAGUCUCUGAAAUUAUUAAUUCGGAAAGUCAACGACUCAACUCAGUAAAGAAUGAAAUUCAUAAUCAAUGUGUCAUUGUGUCUUAAACUCAUCUCUUUCUUCAAAGAUACAAUGUUAAGGAUUUCGACCUAUUAUUGUAAAGCAACAGGAGAAGCCGUACGUUUCUCAUAUUUAUCUUUGUUUCAGUAUUUAAUUGAAACUCAGUUUGUGCAGUUUAUUAUUGGUUAAACAAACAAGUAGGCAACAGCUCUGAUACCGGUGUUUGAGCUACCAUGGAUGAUGCACGGAUAGACAGAUCCUUUGAUAGGUUAAGUCUUGAAGUAGGCAAAGGAAGGAACAAACAACAAGUAGGCAGGGGAAGGAACAACUAUGAUACUGAAACAUGGAUAGACAGAUACUUUCAUAUUGUACAACUUAGAGUUGGUUUUGGAGAACAACUUAUAUAUCCAAGAUCUCAGAUCAAGAAGCAGUCAAUAGAUUUAGAGGUAUCACUUAAGAUGCUUUUCCAAGAAGCAUCAUUUGUUGUGGAUGACUGGACGGAUGUCAACAUAAAGUUCGAUGGCAGGAGGUCAUUCGAUAGGUUUCUUAUGCUGUUAAAGGCAUCCGGCCUGGACAAGUAUGCGUCAUUAAGGUCUGCGUUUAUUUCAAUCCCAAGUCUCGUGAUUUUGUCGUAUUGGUACAGGAUAAUGACGUCAGUAUUAGUCACCGCUGUUGGUUGCCUCCUCGGAUGUUGCUAGAUGUGGUUAUUGCAGAAUACUAUGGUAGAAGCUUGAUACUAAUUCAAUUUUUGCAAAGAAUUUCAGAAUCUGGUGAUGAUUUCAGGCAUGAGCAGGCUGAGUUGUUGUGGUCUUUCCUCGAUCACCUCAUCAAGAUACAAGAGGAGCAGCAGCUUGUUGCAUAUAGUUUCUCUAAGCAUCUGGAACAAUUGUGAAAGUUUGGUGCAGUUUCAGAUUAUGGAGAUAAGCACAAGUGUUAUUCUAUCCUUUCCAAGGACCCCAUGGUCUUCCUUGGCACCUAUUCGAUAGUCUGUAUAUCAUGUCACGUGAAUCGGCUUGGUUGCUAGAGAAACUCAAAGAUUCCCAUUUUACUAGUCCCUCAUCUAUCGAGGAGUCUGCCAAGAUUCUUGGCAUCAUCUUGGUUUUUAUUUCAAAAUUCAGGAAAUCAAAGGAAUGGUUGGAUUGGAAUCUUCUCAACGGUCGCAGGGUUGAUGCAUAUUAUAUUAAGAAAAACAAUAAAAUAUUAUGUAAGUUUGGACAACGCAUAAAAAACCUCCAGGGGCAAGGCGUUGAAAGAAAAUCUGUCGCGGAAAUGCUGCUUGGAUGUUUUGUAGAUGUAGUCGAUAUGUUCUACAAGCUAGGCAGCUGUUCUACUCUUCAAUUUGAGUUUCCUGCACCGAUAAAUGAAAAUGGAGCUGAGUUUUCUGAGGCUGCACUGAUGAAUGAAGCGUUAGAGAAACUAAUUUCAGUUGAGUGUUCUGAUCUUACCGGCGGAGGCUCUCCACUUGGAUGUGUCGCAUUGUGGAGAAUUCUUUUUGAAGCAUCUCUAAUUAAUCUUCGAUUGGAUCUUAUAUGUAAAGUUGAGGUUAAACUGUUAGACACUGCCACAAACGAUCAACUGGGUAAACUAUUGAAAGCUGGGGAACGCGUCCUAGCUCAAUUUGUAGCCAUGCAAAAAACGGUGGCAGAAGUUACUUAUAUCCUAGGAGAUGCUUUUACAACUGGUGGUGCUGGUAUGGGGAGUUAGAGUGAUGCUGCGCAUAUUGCUCAGCAUGAUUUCCCUUGGGAUAAACACACUGUUCCCGUUAGUGAUAGGAGGAUAGGGCUGGAUGUUCCCAAGAACAUUGACGCACGCUAGUGGACAUCCUCCUCAUAAGUUAUCAAUUUCCUAAUACUAAGCUAUUUCUUAGUUUAGGAUUUAUUUUUCUAAUUCUAGUUUGUUUCUUUGUUUAGUUUAAUUUCCUUUAUAGUCCUAGUUAUAUUUAGAAUUCUUGAAGCCUAUAUGAGAAUGGCUAAGCAUAGAAGAGAUACAAUUCUACGAAUAUCAGAUUUACCUUUUAUUUUUAUUAUCUUUAUCUUGUUUUACUUUUGUGAA